AAGGAAAGGCUUACGAGCGGGUCCUCAUCAGAUCAAACAUACCCUCAGAAUGCUGUGGAGACUUACUCUCGUCGUCUCUUCUCUCAUAUUCACUCCAUAUUUUGAUGCAGUGCAAUCAAUAGAUGUCACAACAAGUCAGCCGUAUGUGAUAGUAAACAUUGGCAACAAUGCUACCCUUCACUGCAAUUACAAAACAGUCAUUGAUUCCCAGUUCACCCUUGAAUGGCGAUUUACACCAGGCCCAAAUGAAAAUGCAUUAGCUGAGAAGAUUCUUUACUAUACUGCUGGAGAAACUUAUAAACUUGGGCCUCAAGCCAAUAGAAUCAGACUGGUUGAUCAGGAGCCGACCAAGGGAGAUGCUUCUAUUAUAAUUGAAAACACCAAGUCAUCUGAUACUGGCAGGUAUUCCUGUGAUAUCAACAAUCCUCCAGACUUCACUGGAAUCAGUGAGGCAUUUGUCAAUUUAAUAGUGCAAGUACCACCAUCGAUUCCAAAGUGUAAGAUGAUCGGAAAACCAUACAUAGGAAACAAUGUUACAUUGUCCUGCAGCUCGACAGUGGGUCGCCCUGCACCCCUGUACAAAUGGUCAGAGGUCAGUUCUGCCACUGCAACAUCUUCACCAAGGAUCACAGUAAAAGCCGUAGAUUCCAAAAAGGGCACAUUGAUUCUGAAGAACCUUACAAUGGAGGAUUCAGGAGUCUACAAAUGUGUGUCAUCAAACAUCCUUGGAGAACAAUCAUGCCAGCUGGUACUGUCAGUAACAGUGAACAAUGAGGUUGGAGUGAUUGUUGGAGCCCUGUUUGGUACUCUUAUGGCUCUCAUUCUGAUUGCCAUCGUUGCAUACCACUUACUUCGUCGUGGGAAGAAGUCCAAGGAGUUACACGUUGGACACGAGUUGAGAGAGGAUGCGGUGGCUCCAGGUAAAGAAACAAACACCCAUUUACUGGCAUCGUCUGCACCAAAUGAAGGAACCAGGCCAAACAGCAUGAACUCAAAGUACAAUGUUGUUGUAUGACUUCUCUCGGAAUUCCAGCACCGUACUUCACAAAACUGAGAAAUGAAGGUGCUGAAAUUUUUAAGAAUAUCUUAUUGCCUUUUUAUAUUUGUUUUUGCACCACAAAAUGUCUUCAUAUACAUUGGUGCUCUUGUUAUAAAACUGAUUUUUGACUCCGAUUUUAACAAUUGUUCAAUUAUUUGAAUAUACAUUGCUUAAGGAAUGAAGGCCCGAAAUCACCUAUCUGUGAAGUCAUCCUUUGUUUUGCCUCCUACUGCACAAAUCUGCAUGUGUUCAGCUUUAGGAACAUCAUUCUCUUCAGGUCAUGAAGGUAAAUCUCAGCUCAUUAUUGUUAUACAGGAUGGAGCAUUUUGAAGGAGGUUAGAGUUAGCAAAUAUUUUAUUUAAUUAGUCUACUUCUGUAAUAAAAUAUAACCUACCAAAACUUCUGGAAAUGAAGUUUAUGGUGAGGUUUUGGAGAUAGCAUUCAUCUCUGAGCCCUAACUCUACCUGUGUAGGAAUAUAUUCACUAAACAAUAAUCAAUACCAUUGAAUAAUCAAUUCCAUUCACUUCAGUCAAUGGCACUGAGUGUGAAAGGGAAGACAUGGGUGGACAACACUCCAGCUCAUAGCUCCUGUUCUAUAGGACAAACUGAUAGCAACAUCUGCAUUUCUUUGCCUUCUUCCUGCAUUUCAUCUCUCUUGGCCUUCUGUUGGCUAAACAUUCCUUGAGAAGAGGGAAAAUGUCCCGACAAAUGCAAAAAAGGGAAAAAGAACAGCAUCCUUCAAGGGUUGUGGGAAAGGAAAGAUAAGUACAGUACUUCAUCCUGUCAUGCUUACCUGUACAAAACAACAACUAAUCCCUAUCAUGCUUCAGAUCUUUCGUCUCUGUAACACCAUUAGAUCCUCCAGCCAUGCUCAUCACUUUACUGCCCCUGGUGCUUCCCUCAGGAACUCCAUCAGCCUGCUCUGUGAUCUUCAUCUCUCUGCUCUCCUUAGUCCAAGCAAGUGGAUUAGAAAUAUCAGGGCAAAACUUCCUGACUUAUUGCACAGCCAUUUUAAUGAGAAAGCUUUGUCAUCCAUAGGGCCCUUCUGCUUUGUCCACAAAUGGUUCAGUAUUUUCCGUGUGUGCCUGCAUUAGUUUAGGAGGUAUGAUUCAUGAAAUGAUUUAUGAAGCCUGCGGUUUCAAUUAAUAAAUCUUCCUUGUUCAUAAACACACACUCUUCACAGUACUGACUAGAGAUCAUUGAAAUAGCAUUAACCAAUGUGCUCUUGGAACUUUGUAUGUUUUAAUAUCUC